UUUGGAGCAGUCGAGGGUUGCCGCUUGUGUCUGUGACAUUGAGCUUGUGAAAAUUGUCUUGUCGGAACUAUGACUCGGAUACUACAGUGUUUAAAGCGUUAAAACUAAAAUAAAUACAUUAUAUUCAUAUUUCAAGUAGUUCGAGUUGUUUAACGCGUUGGUUUCAGUCUCGUGGAGAACAAGUGGGAUGAUGUCGCCUCGUGGAAGUCGUGACUGUGAUGUUAGUGUGUGUUAUGGAUUAUAAAAUGUUCCUAAAACAUUGUAAACUCACUAAAUUGAGUUUACAUCUUAAGUGACUGGACACCUCCAUAUCAAAUGCUGGGAAGCUGAUACAGCUUAUUCGAUUAUCGUUAUUUAUAUAAGCUGUUACACACACUGCCAGUGAGAUGUCUCUGGUUUUCCCGCGACCCAAUACGAGUGUGAUCGGCAAGAAGGACAAGCGACUCAUGGCUGAGGUGAACGCAUCUCCGCUCAAACACUUCGUCACCGCCAAGAAGAAGAUCAACGGCAUCUUCGAACAGCUGGGCGCGUACAUCAAAGAAAGCUCAGCGUUUCUAGAAGAAACCUACAGCAAUGAAGAGCUGGAUCCUGUUACCACAGAGGAGCAGGUGGCAGAGGUGCGGGGAUACCUGUCCAAAGUGGCAGGAAUUGGUGAAGUCCUGUCCCGAAGACACAUGAAGGUGGUCUUCUUUGGCAGGACCAGUAACGGGAAGAGCUCCGUAAUUAAUGCCAUGCUCUGGGAUAAAGUGUUGCCAUCUGGAAUCGGACACACUACCAACUGCUUCCUGCGAGUGGAAGGCACUGAUGGCAACGAGUCUUUCCUGCUCACUGAAGGGUCGGACGAAAGGAAGAGUGUUAAGACGGUGAACCAGUUGGCACAUGCUUUACAUCAGGAUGAGGAUUUGGAUGCUGGCAGCCUGGUGUGUGUCAUGUGGCCCAAAGCAAAGUGUGCGCUGUUGCGUGAUGACCUGGUACUUGUGGACAGCCCUGGUAUUGAUGUCACAACAGAGCUGGACAGCUGGAUCGACAAGUUCUGUCUCGAUGCUGACGUCUUUGUGCUUGUGGCCAAUUCAGAGUCCACUUUAAUGCAAACAGAAAAAUCUUUUUUUCACAAAGUGAACGAACGCCUCUCUAGCCCUAAUAUCUUCAUCCUGAACAACCGCUGGGACGCAUCGGCCAGUGAGCCCGAGUACAUGGAAGAGGUGAGGCGGCAGCACAUGGACCGCUGCACUAGUUUUUUAGUGGAUGAGCUGCGGGUGGUGGAUCGUGCUCAUGCCGGGGAUCGGAUCUUCUUCGUCUCUGCUAAAGAAGUUCUUCAGGCGCGUGUCCAGAAGGCUCAGGGAAUGCCUGAAGCAGGUGGUGCAUUAGCUGAAGGUUUUCAAGCCAGAAUGUUUGAGUUUCAGAACUUUGAAAGGCGUUUUGAGGAGUGUAUCUCGCAGUCAGCAGUGAAGACGAAGUUCGAGCAGCACACGACGAGAGCUAAACAGAUUUCUGAAGCUCUGCGUCUGAUAAUGGAUUCUGUGCACAUUGCAGCUCAAGAGCAGAGGAUUCAUUGUUUAGAGAUGAAGGAGGAGAGAGAGGACAGGCUGGAGUUCAUUGAUAAACAGUUAGAUCUGCUCACCCUCGACUGCAAGAGCAAAAUCAAGAAGAUCACAGAGGAGGUGGAGAAACAGGUUUCCAAUGCUAUGGCAGAGGAGAUCCGCAGGUUGGCGGUACUGGUGGAUGACUUUCACAUGGACUUCCAUCCUUCACCAGUUGUGCUCAAAGUCUACAAGAACGAGCUGCACAGGCACAUAGAGGAAGGUCUUGGCCGGAAUAUGUCAGAGAGAUGCUCCAGUGCCAUAACUGUAGCUCUGCAAACCACACAGACUGACAUGAUCGACGGUCUGAAGCCACUGCUGCCUAUCGCGAUUCGGGAGCAGGUGGAUAAGAUGGUGCCCAGACAGUGUUUCGCUCUCAGCUACGACCUCAAUUGUGACAAACUCUGCAGCGACUUCCAGGAGGACAUCGGCUUCCACUUCUCCCUCGGCUGGACGAUGCUGGUCAACCGCUUCCUGGGGCCCAAAAACACACGCCGCGCUCUCAUGGGCUACAACGACCAGGUUCCCAGAUCCCUGGCCAUUACUCCGGUCAGCACCAGUAUGCCUCCUUUCCCUCAAGGAUCUAUGACCCAGGAAGAGCUUAUGGUUUCAAUGGUGACAGGACUGGCGUCACUCACCUCUCGGACAUCAAUGGGCAUCAUAGUUGUUGGAGGAGUGAUCUGGAAAGCAGUGGGCUGGAGGCUCAUUGCUCUGUCUGUGGGUCUCUACGGGCUGCUGUACGUGUAUGAGAGACUCACCUGGACCACCAGAGCCAAAGAGAGAACGUUUAAGAGGCAGUUUGUUGAUUACGCCAGCGAGAAACUGCAGCUCAUCGUCAGCUACACCGGCUCCAACUGCAGCCAUCAGGUUCAGCAGGAGCUGGCCAGCACCUUCUCUCAGCUGUGCCAGCAGGUGGACGUCACCAGACAGCAGCUGGAGGAUGAAAUUGGGGAUUUGAACAGCAAGAUUGAACAGCUGGACUCCCUGCAGAGUAAAGCCAAACUGCUCAGGAAUAAGGCAGGCUGGCUGGACAGUGAGCUCAACAUGUUCAUUCAGCAGUAUCUUCAACAGGGGCGAUAAACACCACCAACCCUCAAAACAAGCUCCAUCGAUCUCUCUUGCAGAUCAUCUAACACUUCAAACUUUUAUUUCAGCAUAGCAAUCACAUAUUUUUCUAUUCAUUGUUUUUUUUCGCCAUUGAGAGUACAGUGACACGUGCCACUUUAAAAAGAAGCUUUCUUUCGUUUAUUUUUUUGUACACAGACACUGUUUCUUUAAUAUUUAAUACAAGGGUAAUUAUUUAUUCUUGACAUAAGAGGUCAUGUGACGUAGUGGCUCUCUGUGUUAGGUUGUGUUUAUAGUCCAUAUCAAUUUUCUUAAUAUGCCACAGUCAAUCAAAAAGUGAGACGACGUUUUAGACCAGUGCUUCCCAACCAUGUUCCUAAAGGCACACCAACAGUACACAUUUGCAGCCUCUUCCAAUUCAAACACACCUGAAUCAACUCAUCAGAACAUAAGAGACUCUUAAACUUGAAAUUAAUGGGGCAGACAAGGGAGACAUUCAAAAUAUGUUGGUGUGCCUCCAGGAACAGGGUUGGGAAGCACUGUUUUAAGCUCUCACGUGCCUUGGAAUUAAUCUAUGGUGUGUGUUUGUGUGUCGUACAGCUAUGAAGUUGAGGUUUUUUCUCCACAAUCUCUAUCACAGCUCUACUACAGUAUGUCUAAUGUAAACGUAAUGCCGUGUCUCCAUUCCACUCAAGUCUGAGAUGAGAUUCAUUGCUAUUGUGGGUUGGCAGAUUCAACAUCAGGAUUCGGGAAGGAGGUUGUGGGAAUUUAGUGACAAUUUAAAGGGAUAGUUCACCCAAAAAUGAGCAUUUACACACUAUUUAUUCAUCCUCAAGUGGUUGUAAACAUUUUAAGUUUCUUUUUUUCACUGUUAAAUGCUAAAGAAGAUAUUUUGAAUGAAGCCAAAAACCAUUGAUAAACGUAGUAGGAGCAACAAAUACUAUGGAGGUUAGUGGUUACAGGUUUCCAACAUUUUUCAAAAUCUCUUCUUUUGUGUUCAAUAGAAGAAAGAAACUCAUAAAUGUUUAUAAUGAGUAAAGGGUGAGUGAAUUAUUGAAUUUUUGGGUGAACUAUCCUUUUAAGUGCUGUCAUUUACCCACAAGUUAACCAACUCUAUUUUAUUUUCACCCUUUUUCCUUAACCUAUCUGACCCUUUUGGCAACAUUAAAGGGAUAUUUCACCCAAAAAUGAACAUUUAUGCACUAUUUAACCACCGUGAAGGGGUUGUAAACCUUCAUCAGUUUCAUUUUUCUGUUAAACACAAAAGACAUUUUAAAGAAAGAUGGAAACCAGUAACUCUUGACUUUCAUGGUAUGGAAAAACAAAUACUGUGGAAGUCAACGGUUACAGGUUUCCAACAUUCUUCGAAAUAACGUAUUUUGUGUUCAACAGAAGAAAUAAACUCAGAGGUUUUUAUUUUUGGGUGAAGUAUCCCUUUAAAGCGGAGUUGCUCAAAUUAUUGUGAGCUAUUUUUACCCUGUUCCUAAAGACUUGAUCCAGCGGACACUUUUGGCAUCAUUAAAGGGAUAGUUCACCCAAAAAUGAACAUUUACUCACUGUUUAUUCAUGCUCAAGUUGUAAACAUUUAUGUAUUUUUAUUUUUUUUUAACUGCUGAAAACACAUAAGAAGAUAUUUUGAAUAAACAUGAAAGCCAUUGAUGAUCGCAGUAGAAACACAAUACUAUGGAGAUCAAUGGUUACAGGUUUCCAGCAUUCUUCAAAGUCUCUUCUUUUGUGUUUAACGGAAGAAAAAAAACUCAGAUGUUUGAAACAAGCAACUGAAUUUUUCAUUUUUGGGUGAACUAACCCUUUAAAAGCACAAAUUAGUGCAAACUUUUUUCACCCUUUUCCCAAAGACUUGAUCUGGCUGACACUUUUGGCAGCAUUAAAGGGAUAGUUCACCCAAAAACGAACAUUUACUCGCUAUUUAACCACCCUGAAGUGGUUGCCUUCAUAAGUUUCUUUUUUCUGUUGAACACAAAAGAAGUUAUUUUGAAGAAAGAUGGAAACCGGUAACCAUUCAAUUUCAAAGUAUGAAAAACGAAUACUGUGGAAGUCAAUGGUUACAGGUUUCCAACAUUCUACAAAAUAUCUUCUUUUUUUGUUCAACAGAAGAAAGAAACUUGUAGAGGUUUCAGAUGAGUGACUGAAUUUUCAUUUUUGGGUGAACUAUCCCUUUAAAGCAGAGUUGCACAAAUUAGUGCAAACUUUUUACACUGUUCCCAAAGACUUGAUCUCCCUGACACUUUUGGCAACAUUCAAGGGAUAGUUCACCCAAAAAUGAACAUUUACUCACUAUUUAUUCAUCCUCAAGGUCUUGUUAACCUUCAUGAGUUUUUUUUUUUUUUACUGUUGUAUACUUAAGAAGAUAUUUUGAAUAAACCUGAAAACCAUUGACUUCUGUUGUAGGAACCCCAAAUACUGUGGAAGUCGAUGGUUACAGGUUUCCAACAUUCUUUAAAGUCUCUUCUUUUGUGUUCAACAGAAGAAAAACUUAUAGAGGUUUAGAAUGAGUCACUGAAUGACAGAAUUGUCAUUUUUGGGUGAACUAUCCCUUUAAAGCGGAGUUGCACAAAUGAAUGCAAACUAUUUUUUUAACCCUGUUCCCAAAGAUUUGAACUGGCUGACACUUUUGGCAACAUUAAAGGGAUAGUUCACCCAAAAAUGAACGGUUACACACUAUUUAGCACUCUCUCAAGUGGUUGUAAACCUUAUCUUCAGUUGAACACAGAGGAAGAUACUUUGGAGAAAGAUGAAAACCAAAAACCAUCGACUUUAAUGGAAUGAGAAACAAAUACUAUGGAAGCCAAUGGUUGCAGGUUUUAAACAUUCUUCGAAAUAUCUUCUUUUGUGAUCAUCUAAGUAAAGAGUGAGAAAUAAUGGCAGAUUUGCACGUUUUCGGUGAACUAUCCCUUUAUAUACACGCUCAUACACGCUGCCUCUAGAAAAAUGGACAACCUUAUAACCUGACUUAAUGAAAUCAGUGAUGUUCUGCUGCCACAUUUUAACACUAAUCAUCUGCUUAUUUGCAAUAAAUUAAUAUGAAUAUGGGAUUUAUGAAUUGGAUUGGAUGAGUGAUGCGCAUACAUUACGAGUUUGUAAUACAUUUUAUUCCAUCGAAUCAGACUUUAAUUCAUUACAGUGAUGUGUGAUCCAUUAGUCUCGCACAUAUGUAUGGUAUAUUGUAUGGUAAGCUGUUUAGUUUGGAUCAUGACGUGUGCCAAGCGUUCCAGAAGGUGAUCAGAAGAGCUCCUGUGAUGUGCACUUUAUAAUUUGCUGCUUUCUUUGCGUUUGUUUCCUGCAGGUUCUUUAGAAAGAGAACGGCACACACUGACCUGUGUCUGUCAACAGUAAUGUAUAGAUGAGCAUGCAGACUGAUGUAAUUUAUUGUCAUUCAUUAUUACUGAUAGACGAAAUAAUAAAGUGACACUGUUGAAAAUGAA